AUCUUUGUCCUGCACGCCGUGCCUGUCAAGGAGACUCCUGACGGCGGAACAGGUCAUCGGUCAAAAGUUCAUCCGAGUCUGCUUCAUCCUCAGCCGGCUGGUGAGACUGCUGAGUCUCGUGGAGAUCUCGCCGUUUGUGCUGAAGAAAUUGCUGAGGAUGGUGGAGAAGAGAAUUUCGCGACGGCUUGGGCUCGGCUUCGAGAUCUGCUGUGCCUUCGUCCGGGGUCAAGUGGAGGUGGCCCGCCAGAUCCACAACAUCAUCAUCAGCAACCGCCAACAGCUGACGCAGCAGAGCCACAAGUACAAGCUGGUCAUCAUCCGAACCAUUGGCAUACUGCAGCUGGAGCACCCGAACAUCGCGCUGUCGGUGAAGACCAAGCUGGCCCUACUCAAUGUGCUGAGCGCGCAGCACGAGGGAGUGGAGCAGCUCAAGGCGGAGGGUGUGCUCAGCGUCAGCGACUGCGAGUUGCUGAUCAAGCGCUUGGAGGAGACGGUGAAAAAACUCAGCACCCGCCCACCCCGUGUGGAAGACAACACCGUGGACAACAUCAUCAGCAACAUCAGCUGGGUGCAUGGCGACUCCGAGCUGUUUCACUACCUCAAGGACGGCAGAGAAGAUCUCCGUUUACGAGCAAAUAGCAUCCUUAUAGAUGAAAACACCCACAACCACGACAUCUACGUCAUUCAGUCCGGUGUUAUAAGGCUGGAGACGAGUGAAAUGCAACGGAGGUGUCCUAUUGACUUCCUGACCGCCGGCAACAUCAUUGGCGAGAUCAACUUUCUCACCAAGCAGCCCAACCGGAAGUUAGCCAGGUGCGAGACAGCCUUGACCGCAAUAGUCUUUCGGGAAGAAAUGUUGAAGACGGCGCUGAAGAUAGACUGGGGCCUGGACCUGCCGCCGCUCCUGUACCGCAUGUGGCUGACCCUCGCUAAACGAGUGGCUGUCACGGUCUUCAUGAAGGAACCGCACUUCGAGCGAAUGAGCAAAGAACGCAUCCUGGCGCACCUGGCGGACGCCUACAUCGUGGACGCCAGCGAGAGCAACAUCAUUGACAUCAAUCAGGGCAUCCAGGACAUCGUCCUUGUGCACGGUCAUGCCAUUGACAACAUCACCAGGCAGCCAAUGAAGGGGCCCUGCUACGUCCCCACCACUACAGUUCAGCUCAAACUGCAGCCAGAGAAGGGGCUGUACACCUUGGUGCUGCUGGUACCCCAAGGGAACCCGCCUCUUUUGACCUAUGCCCUGGAACCCACCGGACAAAGGAUCCGCUUGGACAGCAACGCCUUGAUGACGUCGACAUCCAUGGAGGGCUUGGAUCUGAAGCAGUUUGAGAUCACCAACGUCAGAGAUUCUAUCGACCAACGUCAAUCAUUCGAUAUCAAUAAUGACGAAUUUGGGAUCUCAAAGUCGGAAAACGAGGCCAGCAGCGACCAGCUGCUCGAGGAUGAGCACGUUGUCGCCAGCUCAUCUGCAGAUGAUUUGAAUAUCAGCAUCACGGACAGAUCGGGGAGGUUCAGCAGAAAAGACACCGCAGCCACUAGGAACGAGGAGAUGUCCAGGAGCAUGGAGUCAUCCAGGGAUCCUACGAGGCCCAGCCUUCAGUCGACCAUGUCCGAAGACACACCACAUUCCAGAAGCCUUCAGGAUUCAGUUAAUAAAGAGGAGGGGGAAACUAAACCAGCGGUCAAGAGUGACAGUAAAUAGUCGGCCUCCUCCUCCUCUGACAUCUUGGAACCUUUGUACCUCUGUGACCACUACAGAGCUGCAGAACGGUGCACUCGUACCCUGGCAUCUUGUUGAUUGAUAUUGUUUCAGCUUACAUCCCUCAGUACCCCACAUCCGUGACUGACCCUCUACCCAACUACAGACCUUACAGUAUGUUUCUGUGUGCGUAUUUUAUUGAAUAUUUACAAGUUUGUUACUGCGUGCGUGUGUAUAUGCGUGAGUGCGCACAUAAAUGAAUCUGCACGUGUUUGUGGUACAGAAGUGGUUAUUACUGAUUUACAAAAGGAAAGGCUGAGAGGAACCGAGAACAUGUUGAAUAUAUUUUUGAUUAUUCUUUUUUUCUCGUUCAGCUAAUCUCGUAUUUUCAUAAAGUUAAAAAUAAAGAAACUUCACGUGGACA